CACUUCGGACGAGACGGACACCCCCUGGUGUCGGUAAACUGCAAUAAAUAGAACAAACGAGAGAUGUUUUAAAAGAUUUUCUUUACAAAUUGAAUUUUUUUUUAAUAUAAAACUCCACCGCAGACAUCUUUAAGAUUUAUUUAAUUAUGUUUUCUUCUUAAUUCCUGGAUUAAUAAAGACGUCAUAGAUAUGGUCCUGGACUUAACUCAAGUACUUUAAAAGUAAUUGUCCCACAGUUGUAUUUAUAUGGCAUCAGGAACAUACCGACGUAGAGGACACAGAAACGGCUCCUCGCACAAAAAAUUUAAUUGCAAUGGCGACGCAAAGAAUAACAACGACAAAAAUUGUCAAUUUUAUUCCACCGACCAUCUCAAGAAGAUGCUGGGAAAUCUAAAUAGUCUCAGAAAUCAGGUUAAGUUUUGUGAUGUCGAACUAUUGGUGGAAAACGAAGUCUUCCACUGUCACAGGGCAGUCAUGGCCGCUAGUAGUCCUUAUUUCGAGGCGAUGUUCGGAAGCGAGCUGGCAGAAAAGCAGCAGUCGAAGGUCAAAAUUUGUGGGAUAGCACCUUGGGUUUUUAAUCUUCUGAUUGGAUUUAUAUAUUCAGGGGAAGUAAAAAUAACACAGGAAAAUGUUCAAGAGUUAUUAGCUGCCUCAAAUAUGUUACAACUGUCUGAAAUUAUUUCAGCUUGUUGCGAUUUUUUAAGAAAAGAACUACAUCCUACAAAUAGUAUUGGCAUCUAUAGAUUUGCUGAACUGCAUGCUUGUACUAAUCUACGAUUAGAGUCGAAACGUUUUAUAGAAAGACACUUCACCGAAGUCAUCCUCGAGGAUGAAUUUUAUGACAUACCUAAAGAUACUUUGAAGGGUUUUUUAAAGAGCGAAGGCUUGAGUAUCGAUAACGAAUAUCAAGUGUUCCGUGCCACGAUGAACUGGAUAUUGCACGACGUCACGCAGAGACGGAUACACAUUUUUGAACUAUUGGAAUCCAUUAGACUGCCAGUAAUCUCCCAAAAGCAGUUGGAUGCUUACGUGAAAGAAUGUCCAGAUUUAAGUCUUAAAGUAGCCUUGAUGAAAUUGUUGCAGGAUCAUAAAAAUGAGAUGCGUGUCUUGCAGCUGGAGUGGCGACUGGGUAACAUUUACGACGUGAGAACGCAGCCUCGCAUGUGUGCCAGGAAGAGCGUGUUCGUCAUAGGGGGUUAUAAUCGUAGCAUAGGAAGAAGAUGGACAGAGAGUAAAACUCUAGUGACCGUGGAGAGAUUAGAUACCUAUAAACGGGUAUGGAAGACGUUACAACACAUGAAAUUUUCUAGGAGUGGUCAUGGUGUUGUUGUUUUAAAUAGUCUCAUAUAUGUGGUGGGAGGAGAAAGUGACUGUAUGAUACUUGAUCACGGAGAAGUAUAUGAUCCCAUUUCUAAUGAAUGGAGCAUGAUUAGUUCGAUGAAUCAACCGAGAUGUGUAUUAGGAGCCUGUGCCGUCGACGGAUACAUGUUCGUUUUUGGUGGAUGGGUCGGAGCAGAGAUAGGAAACACGAUAGAAAGAUAUGAUCCCAUGGAAAACAAGUGGUUUACUGUCAACGAAAGAAUGACAACGGCUCGUUACGCUAUGGGCGUUAUUUCUUAUCAAGGAAUUAUUUAUAUUGCUGGAGGAUUAAGCGAAUUGAGUACGGAACUAGAUCUGUUUGAAAGCUACAAUCCGGUGACAGGAGAGUGGACGACACUCUGUCCUCUGAAAAACAGACGGGCGCAUGUUGGCCUGGCGGUCUUGCACGAUCACAUUUAUGCCGUGGGAGGAACAAACAGUCUCCACGAGGCCCUCCGUUCCGUCGAACGUUACUCCGUCGAAGAGAACAUGUGGACGGAGAUCCCGCCGAUGAAGACGUCGAGGGCGGGAGCCUGUGUUGCCACACUGAAUGGAAAAUUGAUAGUGAUCGGGGGGAGAACGCUUUGUGAGGACAAUGCUGCUCCCAUUACUCUGGACACAAUAGAGAUAUACGAUCCGGAGACGAACACCUGGACCGAAGGGCUUCCCAUGCCGACCAGCCGUUGCGAGGCGGCGGUGGCAGUGUUAUAACCGCGACCAACACCGCCUCCAAUUUUGAUAAAGUCUUUGAGAGAUGCGUGUCAGAUUUCCAUCCGGAGGGAGACCGCUCGAAGAGUCCUUUUGUUUCCCGUUACCAUAUUUAAACUGCUAAUCGGCAUAUAUAUUUUUUUUCUCGUGCAAUGUUACGUACAUAAGAAAAAAAAACAAAAACAACAAAAAAAAAAUUAAUAAUAAUGGAUGUUGCUAAAAUUAUACAAGUCUUAUUUCGAAGCAUAAAUCGGUUGUGUUGUCCUUUGUGUAAUUCUUAGUAGGUGCAUAAAUGAUACGAGGGAGUAACGAUCGUCAUACAAGAUCUCUCUAUAUUACGUACUGUCGGACAUUCCUUAUAGAAUAAUGGAAAAAAAACAAAAAAAAUCAGGUUACAUAAUCAGUACAAAAACAGAUAACCAUAGUUACAAUUGUGUCUCUUGUUUAAUUGAUCUAAAAUUCUUUUUUGUUAGUUUUAAUCAUCAGUUUAUAUGUGAAUUUUCCUAGAAAUCGAUCGAAAGUAAUCAACUAUACUAUACUUGGAAAGUAUCAAUGUAAUAACUCAUGUUUAUAUUAAACUGUUAUGUUUUAUA